AUGAACGAAGAACUGCGCCAGUUCAUCAAGGAGUGCCUGGAGAAGGGCAUCGACCGGGAGUCCAUCCGAAACGUCCUGCUGGAGGCGGGGUGGCAGGAGCGCGACCUGCGCAGCGCAUUAGCUGCUUUCUCCGACGUGGAUUUCCCGGUGGCCGUGCCCCGACCCCGACCCUAUCUGCACGCUCGGGAGGCGUUCCUCUAUCUGGUCUCGUUCAUCUCCCUGUACGUCUUCGCCUUCAGCCUGGGAACCGUACUCUUUGGCCUCAUUGACCACACCUUUUCCAACUCCCUCAACCGCUACGGCUCGUCGCCCUCCACGGGGGAGGCCACCGCCAUCGCGGCGGUCAUCGUCGCUUUCCCCCUGUAUCUGAUCCUGAUGCGCCGGCUGGCGUCGGCGGUCGCGACGGAUCCCGAACGCCGGCAGUCCCUGGUGCGCCGAUGGCUCACCUACUUGACGCUGGUGGUCGGCGCGGGGAUCAUCCUCGGGGACAUCAUCGCGCUGCUGGCCAGCCUGCUCACCGGGGACCCGACGCUCAACUUCUUCCUCAAGGUCGCCGCGGUGCUGCUGAUCGUCAUCCCGAUCUUCGGCUACUACCUUUGGGACAUGCGCCAGGCCGAGGACGAGGUUUCCAUCUCGGUCGCGCGGGCAACACCCAUUUUGCGCGCCCUGGUCAUCGCCGCGGUGGUUGUGGUAGUGGCCGCGGUGGGCUACUCCAUCUACGUGAUCGGCACGCCUGGCCAGCAGCGCGACAUCCGGCUGGACCGGGAGCGGGUCAAUGACCUGCGCAGGAUCUCCAACAACAUCGACACCUACCUGGAGCUCAACGAGGAGAUGCCCGCCAGCCUGCUCGACCUGCUGGGUCCGCAGUACUACGUCCGGUCGAUAGAGGAUCCGGACACCGGCGCGCCCUACGAGUACCGGAUCCUGGAAGACACCGACUACGAGCUAUGUGCCAUCUUUGCCGCAGAGAUUCCGGAACGGGAAGUCGAGCGGCGACCGUUCUUGGAGACCAUCUGGGACCACGGGCCGGGGCGGACGUGCUUUAUGCUGACGGCGAAGGGGGAGAAGGGGUAG